UUAUUAACAAUAUUAAAAAAUGAAUAAUUUUGAAAUUUUUAAUGUAAUUUUGUUAAUAACUUGAGUAAGUUAAAAGAGUGUUAACAUGUCGUUAACGUCAAAGAAGUUCAUUUUCCUAAGGAGAUUCCUCAGGAAAACUAUUAUUCCCGCCAGUAAUGUGUUGUUUGUGUUGGUAUUGUUUGGGAUAAUAUUCUUGGAUCACUUUAGCUAUAAUACUUCGGUACAGGAACACGGCUACCUUAACCGCUACUCACUCAAUGAGCUUACAACUUCUGAAAUUAAUCAAAUGUACACCACCAAACAGGAUUUAAUCAGACAGGAAUUAAGUAAAUCUGACACAGCCAAGUUCAGUAAAAAUAAAAUAAAUCGUAUCCUAAAGCUGGGAAAAUCAACUAAACCGAAUUCUCAAUCUCAGUACUACUCACAGAAAAAUCAUUACUCACAUCAUACCAACCGUAAUACUGAUAAUAGUACUAAGGAUGGUAGGGAUGGUAGUACUGAGGACCUGGGUGAAAGAUACUCAUAUUGGUCCUCCGAACCUCAUAAUGACACACCUGAAAUAUUUAUAACUCUAACCAACUUAUUGUCGAACAUCAAUAAUAUUGAAAUUGGAUUCAACAAGUUUUUACUCCCCCUGCCCACUGUUAAUAUCACUAACCACGGUAGUACCCACAGUAGUAACAGUACACUUCAUAGAAUAUCUGGACAUAGUGUAUUAUUCCGUCUGAAUUGUUUAAGAUGUAUGCCAAGAGGUGCUACACUGUUAAUAGCUACUGUGAAUGCUGAGAACUAUAAAUCUGACGUAACAAGUGUAACACUUGCGAUCGCAGCAUUGAGACACUUAUCAAGUGCUAAAUAUCUGUCACAGAAUAUACUACUGCUCGUGACUAUGAGAUUACCGUUUUCAGCUGGUACAAGACAAUUCCUGCACGAUUACUAUACCAGUCCAUACUUCCAGUACAGAUCUGGUACUAUCCACAACGCUAUGGUAUUGGAUUUAGGAACAAAUAAUUGCUCAUCAUAUUUGAUAUCUUAUGAAGGAAUUGACGGCUGGUUACCAAAUCAAGACAUUGUGAAUAUAUUCGUAGAAAUUUGUACCGUCGAGGGUCUUACAGUUAGUGUCAGAAGUAUGUGGAAUACCAUCUUCAGAAUGGCCGUUAACGUAGAUAGGACCAGAUCUCACAUUUCUCUUCUAGAGAGGAAUAUUAACUCGUUUUCCUUAAUAUGUAAACAUACUACCGAUAGUGACAUUGCGGUGAGAAAUUCGGAGGAGUUGUUACUCAAAUCCCUCGUGCUGGUAAUGAGGAAUAUGAAUAACUUGGACACUGUGCUGGAGAGAUCGUUUAAUUUCUAUUACUUUGUGACUACAAAUUCUUUCAUUUCAAUUUCAAUUUAUAGCCUUGUGGUACCACUACUCUUCAUCAGACCCAUAGUAAAGUUGUUGCUGGAUCCCUUUUUUGAUAACUUGCCAAUGAUCCUGGGUGUGCUAUUAGUGUUUUGUAAUAUAUUUGUGGGAUCAAUUCCAGCGUAUCUUAUGUUACUAAGAGUGGUCAGGAGUGCCAGUAACCCACCCCAGUCAUACACUUUUGAUCAGGUUAGACUAGCACUACUACUACUUGUGGUAUCUUAUGUUGUCAUAUUUUUGUUUAAUUCGUUAUUAUUUUACAAGACGAGUAACUUAUUUGGCGAUGACUACGGGGGCGUAGACUACAUUUCCAAGGAUUUACUGUUAUCUAGGGUUAAUAAUGUAAAUUUAAAAAAGUUUAAACUUAAACAAAUAUUACUAAAUAUCAAACGUAAACUUAAAUUCGUCAGGAAAAGUGACUCUGCGGAGACUAUGGAGACUACUAGGGAAACCGUGGAGAAUCCUGAGGGCACAAUGGACAGUAAGGUGGAGAAUAGAGUGAAUGAAGAGGUAACGUCAGUGAUGGGGAUGGGAUAUUAUUGGUAUAUAAUGAGAUUACCGGACCGUUUACCGAGUAUAGAAUUGUUUCUAUUAUAUGCAAUUUACUUUGUAUCUUUAUCAUUUCUCCUGGGAUUAUCAGUGUUGAACUGGGCUCUGUCAUUUUUACUCUCACUAGUCUUACUAGUGCCACUGAAUGUCAUCAGUGUCCGUAGUCUGCUGAUGAGUAAAGUGACUUCAUGUGUUAGCACUGUUUAUUUUAUGCUAUUUACAGUAUUUUUCUACCCGUUUGAGGGUAAAAUGAAGAUUGUCCGAGCGUUUUUAUUUGAAAAUUUUCGAAAAAUUUUUAAGCUACUGGGACACUUGCUCGGGUCAAAUGUUUUCAAAAAUUACAAACUAAUUAUGGAUUUAAGUGGCAAGUUGUUGUAUAUUUCGGAUCACGUAUUUGGAGGUAAAACACGGUGGAUAAACUCUAGAGGUGAUUUAUUCCUAUUAAGGAAGAUUUAUUCGGCUUCGGAAAAUCACAUACUCUUUGGAUCUUAUAAUAUUAUUAUUCUGCUCUUUAUGUUUGGAAUAAUCGCACACAUUCUCUUUUUAAACCUCCUUCUACUCGUUAAAAAGAAAAAUAAAGUUAAACUAGAUUAA